UAUAGUCGCCGACUUCCUCGGUGGCAUUUUACACGGUGGAUUCCUUGUCAAUCAAUUUCAAUUCUUGCAGGCGCCCACGCGACUGCUCCGCCCUUGGUGAAAAAUAGUAGGCGGGUGCAAGAGGAAUACAGUGUACUAUGCCACCAUUACGAGUGGCAAAUAGUGCUGUCAAUUUAAUAUUGCCGAAGUGCGUGUGUUAGUUACAAUGCAUGUGCAAGUUGCUAAAUGUUGCUGCUAUUGGCUCAAAAAGAAUGAUUGACGUUUUUAGAAGUAAUUCUUGCCCAUGCCAUGUUUUGUGGCUAAAAUGAAAACGAAUGCCAUUUAAAUAGCUAUCCCGUGUUCGGGAAUACGAAACUACACCCUGCGCAACGCACAUGGCCAUACUGUAAAAUAGCUGGGAACAAAAGAAGACAGCAUGUGAUUCUCGGGUCUGAUUCGUCUCUGCCUGUGGCUCCUGUAAUCUGGUAAUUUUCCACUAGCCACUGAGGGGAGUGGUUCUGAUGAGCGCAUGGGACAAGGUGGAAGGGCGAUUCAAAGGCAAAAAAGCACGUUUUCGUCAAUCAAAAAAGAGUUGUAUACGACAAUAAGCACAUAUGAACUCACAUGUAAUGCAGUAGGUUUAUAUUUUCAGCUAAAAUACCGCAUGGACCGCAGGCUGGAUGCAGAAAUAUACGCGUUUUUUGACAGGUCACGUGAUCCAGCACGCCACUUGAUGGAAAAAUACAAGACUUUGGAGAAGCCAGCCAUCAAGCUCACUUGCUACAGCGAAUAGAUGUGAAUAUGACAGAGCACGGUGUAAUCGUAGUAUUCGGUUCAAGAGGUACGGAGGGAGAUGUUCUGAAGGAGGGCGGCAGAAAAGAGAAGAGGGCUCUCAGCAAGAGCUUUCGCGUUGUCAUUCGCCUGUGCCCCCAGGACCAGAGGGACCCCCGAGCAGAUGAGGCGAGAAGCUCCAUAAAGGUUGAGGAACCGAAUCGGAUCGUUGUCGACAGAGGACGGGGUCACCAGCCGCACUCUUUGGAUUUUGAUGCAGUGUGGUGCGAGAAAGGCACCCAGAAGGAUGUCUACGAAUCCACAGCCAAGCCUCUGGUGGAGGCUCUACUGCAGGGCUACAACGGCUGUGUCAUCACCUACGGCUCUCCUGGCAGCGGGAAGUCCUACACCCUGCUGGGCGGCAGCCUCACGGGCAAACAGAGGGGCAUUAUCAGCAGAGCUGCAGAGGACAUCUUCAACACAACAGAGGCUCUAAACUGCAAGAUCAGAGUCUCCUUCAUUCAUGUGGCAAAUGAGAAGAUUUACGAUCUGUUGGAGAGCCCUCCGGCUGAGGUCUGUCGGAUCCACGAGGGGGAGGAGAUGGUUUUUCUGGAGGGGCUGAAGGAGGUGGAGGUGGGGUCUUCUCAGGACCUGCUGCACCUCUACAAGCGUGGGUCGGCCAACAGACAUGCAGGGGUGUCAAAGGGUGAGUUUGCCAGCAAGAGCCACACCAUUUUCAACAUCGUGGCCAUCAGCACGAACCUCAGGGAAGAAAGCGAUGCCCUGGAGGUGACAGUCAGCAAGCUCACCCUGGUGGAUCUGGCUAGCUCAGGAAAAGCAGCCCCUCGCAGUAGCGCUCUCGGAGACGGGAAGAGAUCUUUCCACACAAUUCAGGAAAACCCUCAAGAAGCCAAGAUACUCAAGCGGUCCCUCACAAUAUUUGGAAAUGUGAUUUUUGCCCUCAGCAGUGCUGCCUGCCAGCAUGUGCCGUAUCGGGAGUCCAAGCUGACCAGGAUCCUGAGGGACUGCUUAGGUGGAAAUUGCCAGACGUGUUUGAUCGUGACGGUGUCGUCCAACCUGGUGUCCGUUACGGAGACGCUCAGCAGCCUUCAGUUCGCCUGCCGCGCCAUGGCGAUCCCGGGCCGCGUGGUGCACACCUCCCAUCUCCGCUGCUCACCUGUGCAGAGUGUGAAGGUGGCUGAGAAAGCCAGAUGCAGCCCAGGCAGACACACGGUGCAGCUGCCCUGUACCCCUGACUCACGGGGCAUCCAGUCCCAGACCAGCCUGCCCCCCAUCCUGCCCGGCCCGGCCCAGGCCUGCGGGCCCUUCCUCAGGCCACAGGAGGAGGGGGACCUGAGGGCCUUCCUGCCUCAGCUGGACCGGGCGGGGCCGGCGGAGGGCGGGGGCCGCUCCGGGCGCCCUGGGAGAGGGGCGAGGCCCUCAGAGGAGAGGGGGGGUGUCUGGUCCCGGUCCAGCAGCUUGGCGGGGCCCCAGGUCCCGGAGGCCGGCGGGAGAGAGAGGCCCCCAAACCUUCGCCCCGAGGCCCUGCCCUCCCCACGCAUCUCCGUGGACCGGCUGCCCCCCUCCCUCCCACCCCCCGCGGCGGCCCCCAUCGCUCCCGUGGGGCUGGAGUGCCCCAACUGCAAGCGGGAGAGGAAGAUCAGGGAGGAGUACGACAAGUACGUGAUCCAGGCCCGGAGAGACCGAGACGGCCUGAGCCAGAGGGUGACCCAGCUGGAGGCAGAGCUCCAGGGGAGGGAGGCCGGCUCCACCACUGCCCCCUCCGCAAGGGCCAGAACAGGGGCAGAGACAGCCUCCGCACCCCAGGGUGAGGGGGCGGACAGCGGGGCUUGUGGGAGGAGGCAGAGGAAGGCCGCGAAGAGCACGGCCAGCCAAACGGAGCCGUCGCCCUCGGAAACGGAAAGCGAUCGCACGCGGCAGCAGAUGGUGAGCGCGGGGCGGAUGGACGACGGCCUGCGGAGAGAGACGGAGGCCCUCAGGGGGCAGCUGGAGGAGAGUCGGGGGAAGGAGAGGGCCCUGGCGGCGAGCCUGCAGGCGGAGAGGGGCCGGGGGGCCCAGGAGGCUGAGGAGCUGAGGGCCCAGCUGGACAGAGGGAGGGAGAAGGACAGACAGCUCGGCCUCCUGCAGAGACAGAAGGAGAGCCUGAUGCUGGAGCUGCAGGACUCAGAAGCGGUGCACGACAGGUUUAGAGAGGACGCCGUUCUCACCGUGACGGGUCUGCAGAAACAGAAGAAGGAAUUGUUGUCUCAGCUAGACGAAGCAAAAAUAUUUUGUGAUAAGGUCAGGGCCGAGAACGCAGGUCUGAGGGAGCAGCUGGAGGCUCUCCUGGCACGGCUGAGAUCCGGGCCCCGCCCGGACAGCCCCGCCCGCCCUGCCCCCCCUCACGUCCACACCGUCACCACAAACACGGAGAUGCUGCUCCUCUCCCACCACGUGUCCCAGCAGUGUGCCCCGGGCCCUGGAGCAGAGGGCGGCUGCUUCUUCAGCGGCUGCACUGGAUUCCAGAGCUCUGCGUUUCCCGGGAAACAACCGGAGUAUUCCACCACGCAGGACAACGACGACAACCUGCCUAAAAUGAAAGACAUAUUCAAACAACUGAGGAGAGAGCACAGCCUGCUGCUGGACGUGAUGCUGAUCCUGUACAGACGGGGCUGGUUCGCCGCAGACGCCAUUCCCUACGUCAGACGCACGCUGAGGAAAUGCGGGAUGCGUCUGAAGGACACGGACUGAGCUGCUGAGCGCGUGUGCUCCUCCUCACCACCGGCCUGCGGUCAGAGACGUGCGGUUAGGCGGUCACAUCAGAGAGAGGCUACGCUGCGUGGGAACGGGCCCUAAACAUGCUUUAUAGAUGCUAAAACUACGGAACUAAUUGGACUGACAGUAUUUCUGUUUUCAAUGCGCAGUGUCUACAGUACAAUAUUUGAAAUAUAUUGCCGUUAAAAACUAUUUUAGGGUCCAUCUCAUUCACAUAGUUAUCCAUUCAUAAUUUUUACCAAAUCUAUGGGUGCUAAAAGUGGCAUUGUUUCAAGGGUUAAGCAGCAGUACUGUAUUUGUGUGUAUUUGUUGGAUACAUGAGAAAAAUGAGAAGUCACUGCUCUCAGAAGCCAACACUGAAUGUUCCUCCCUUCACAAUUCACUGCAAUUCCCGGCCAUAAAUUAAAACCUUUAUUGCCAUUGGGUUUUUAAGUGCACUUCAUAGGCCUGUUAAAAGGGACCUGGCUGCAGAAUAGAGCACACACUGAAUAGGAAAUCCCAGUUUACAAUCUCUUACAGCCUUCUGCCAGAAUCUCUCUCGAAGUGGAUAAGCCUGUCCUAACCUGAUGAACAUGUAACUGCCAUGCACAACAUGCACAUGCAUUGUCACAAUAUCAAAGGGCUCAUUUGUGAAGAGGAGCCAAAAAAUGCACAUUGCACAUAUAAUUGCAUGAUUCAGCAUGGCUCCGCCUACUACACAACUACAAGAAUACUUCCUGGGGUGGGUGGAGUAGGUGUGUCCAUCACAUUUGCAUCAAGUAUUCUCUAACCAAUCAGAUGCCGGCAGUGUUCUGUAUGGUAUUUAUCCCAAACAGUUGGCUGUCUGACUAGUGCAAGUUUGAAAACAAGCAGUUACAAAAGUAAACAAAUUUGUGAACCGUCGAUAUCUUGAUUGACAUUUAUAUGACGUAGAGGUGCUGCAUUAAGCAGGUGAUUAAUCAUGGUCCAGGAUUGCGCUGGCUGACCUCACGCUGAAGGCAGCUGGUCUCCUGGGCAGCUCUAGCACUGCGCAGGGCUCCUUUACCUCUUCUCCCAGCUCACAGCGUCCUCUGCUGGGGAUUCUGGGAAGAGGAUGCUCCAGAGCUCAUAAACCUCUCUCCUCUCACUGCAGUGUCUCUCUCGCUCCCAUUUGAACCCAAAAAAAUAAACGUCAA